CGAUCAUCACUCAUCGAUCGGAUCCUUCAAGAAAACAAAAUCCUCUCUACCUCUCUCUCGCUUUUUCUCUACCUAGGGUCUUCUUUUUGCCCUAGCUCGGGGAGCGAUCGACGACGACGAUGAGGGCGACGAGCUCGGCGGCGGCGGCCAUGGCGGAAGGGAACUCGGCGUUGGCCGGGCCGAUCCUCGUCCUCGGAUCGGUCGCCGAUUGGUGGGCGGAGAUCAAUGAAUCGGCGAAGUGGCAGGACGGGGUCUUCUUCUUCCUCACCGCCGCAUACGCCCUCGUCUCCGCCGUCGCGCUGAUUCAACUAAUAAGAAUUCAAAUGCGGGUUCCUGAAUUUGGUUGGACGACACAGAAGGUUUUUCAUCUUAUGAACUUUGUUGUGAAUGGAGUUCGUGCUGUUGUAUUUGGAUUUCAUACUCAGGUUUUUCUUUUCCACACAAAAGUAUUUACUUUGACACUACUGGAUCUUCCCGGGUUGUUGUUUUUCUCGACAUACACAUUACUUGUUUUAUUCUGGGCUGAGAUAUAUCAUCAGGCAAGGAGUCUUCCUACUGACAAGCUAAGGGCUGCUUACAUCGCCGUGAAUAGUCUAGUUUAUGCUAUCCAGAUUGGCAUUUGGAUAUAUCUCUGGAUUGAUGACAACAGUAUAGUUGAGCUAGUCGGCAAGAUCUUUAUUGCAGUGGUCUCAUUUAUAGCGUGUCUUGGGUUCUUAAUAUAUGGAGGAAGGCUAUUUUUCCUUUUGAGGCGCUUCCCCAUUGAAUCAAAAGGGCGGAGAAAGAAGCUUCACGAGGUUGGAUCUGUGACAGCUAUCUGUUUUACCUGCUUCCUGAUAAGGUUGGUUGUGGUGGCAUUAUCUGCAUUUGAUCUGGAUCUAUCCCUUGAGGUUAUGGAUCACCCAAUUUUGGAUCUCAUCUACUACAUGCUGACCGAGAUACUCCCCUCAGCACUCGUCCUUUACAUUCUCCGCAAGCUCCCUCCGAAACGAGUGUCGGCCCAAUACCACCCUAUCCGAUAAUGGCUGCGCGACUGUAAACAUGUUCUUGAAUUUAAAUAAUUGUUAAUUAUUCUAUAGGAAAAUGUUCCAUAUAGCUGGAAUUGAUCCUAGAUUGGCUUAUGGAGUAAAACCUCGUUUGAAGAUUAUUUUUCUCGACUCAUCUUGUGGAUGAAGGGUUAAAUCUAAUGUUUAAAUCAUGUGAAUUUUUGUCUUCUUGGUUGUAAAAGAAUAGAUUAAUGAUAAUUUUGUUUCUGUUGUUUUGCGGUUUUGCAGAUUA